CAAUUCUCAUCUCGGCCGUCCAAUCUCCGAUCCGACGACCACCGCUCACCGUUGUAGGGUUCAACGCCGCCGCCGCCGCCGCCGCCGUCUGCACCCGCGUCAGCGCUCCACAAAGCAACCCGGCUGCGGCGGCGGCGCCACCCACCUGCUUCAUUGCUCACUCCGGCGGCGAUGGCCGACGACGUCGCGCCGCGCACCGCCUCCGCCUACCUCGACCCCUCCUACUGGGACGAGCGGUUCGGGAAGGAGGAGCACUAUGAGUGGUUCAAGGAUUUCUCCCACUUCCGCCACCUCCUCGCCCCGCUCCUCUCCCCUUCCAUCUCGGUUCUUGAGGUUGGGUGUGGCAACUCGCGGCUCGGGGAGGAGCUGCUGCGGGAGGGCGUCGCCGGCGGCAUCACCUGCGUUGACCUCUCGCCCGUCGCCGUCCAGCGGAUGCGUGACCGCCUCGCGGAGCAGGGCACCGAGGGUGUGGAGGUUGUGGUGGCGGACAUGCUUGAUCUGCCGUUCGAUCGUGAGAGCUUCGAUCUCGUGAUUGAGAAAGGCACCAUGGACGUAUUAUUUGUGGACAGUGGUGAUCCUUGGAACCCAAAUCCUACAACAGUGGAUAAUGUGAUGAAAAUGCUUGAAGGUAUCCACAAGGUUUUGAAGCCUGAAGGCAUAUUUGUAUCAAUUACCUUUGGACAGCCACAUUUCCGUCGUCGAUUUUUUGAAGCACCUGGGUUUACAUGGUCUGUUGAGUGGAGCACCUUUGGUGAUGGCUUCCAUUAUUUCUUCUAUAUUCUUAAAAAGGGCAAGAGGUUGUUGGAUUCCAACGGUAACCAACAUACACAGCCUGCUGCUCCAAGCAUUAAUAUGUUCCAUGAAGAGCUUGAGAGUGAGGACUACAUAUUCCGAACAAAUGUUGAUGAGUUGUAACUGGCAAUUUAACAAGUGCAUCAUCGGCUUGGGUGGGAGUUUUGAUGAAGCUACUACACAUCAAGAGAGACGUCCCGUCCAGCAUCAACUUGGUAGAUGAAUGAUCUUGGACAGAUGCAUGGAAAGAUCUUGCUUGGUGCUGUACCAUUGCCCUGGCUAGGGAUUUCUGUGCCAGCUGAAUUGACUAGAAAACAGGUACCUUUAUCAUUGUUCCCAGAUUUUUAGUAAACCUUCCAAAGAAGUUCCCUUUUGUUUCCAAACAAUGCACUUCUUUGCUACUCCCUCCGUUUCAUAUUAUAAUUCGUUUGACUUUUUUAAAUUCUAUUUUUUUAAGUUUGACCAAGUUUGUAGAAAAAUAUAGUAACAUUUUUAACCCAAAACAAACAUAUUAUUAAAAUAUAUUCAAUGUUAAAUUUAAUGAAACUAAUUUGGUGUUGUUAAUGUUGCUAGUUUUUUUUUAUAAACUUGGCCAAACCUAAAGAACUUUGACCAAGUAAAAAGUCAAACGAUUUAUAUGAAACGGAGGGAGUACUAAAGUAGCAAUGAUGUUAUCUGAUGCUGCAAAUAUGCCUUCUGACGGUGUCAACUGUGGCCUAGUUUGGCACGUCCAAAAUCCUGGUCUAUCCCAUGGGGUGAGUAAUUUGGUUCAAUUUCCUGGGCAUUUGCAAGCUAGGCCUUCAGUUUCAUGUUAGGACUUGUCUGGAAUUCAUGGAAAAUUUUAUGGGAACCUUGCUUUGUUCUAUA